CAGUUUCCUGAGUAUGACGAUCUCUACUGCAAGUACUGUUUCGUGUAUGGCCAGGACUGGGCCCCCACGGCGGUCCCUUCGGUUGGCAGAGGAUGGUGAAGGAAACAGCUCUCCCGGCUGCUGCCCAGGGAGGGGAGGGGCGCGGUAGCCUGCAACUGGGACACUGGCCGUCACUGUCGUCCUCGCAGGGGCUGGAGGAGGGCAUCUCACAGAUCACGUCCAAGAGCCAGGAUGUGCGGCGCGCGCUGGUGUGGAACUUCCCCAUCGACGUCACCUUUAAGAGCACCAACCCCUACGGCUGGCCGCAGAUGGUGCUUAGCGUGUACGGGCCGGACGUGUUCGGGAACGACGUGGUCCGAGGCUACGGGGCGGUGCACGUGCCCUUCUCUCCCGGACGGCACAAGAAGACCAUCCCUAUGUUUGUCCCAGAAUCGGUGUCCAAACUGCAGAAGUUUACCAGCUGGUUCACGGGACGGCGGCCCGAGUACACGGACCCCAAGGUGGUGGCUCAGGGGGAAGGCCGGGAAGUGACCCGCGUCCGCUCCCAGGGCUUCGUCACUCUCCUCUUCAACGUGGUGACCAAGGACAUGAGGAAGCUGGGCUACGACACCGGGCCUCCGGACACACGGGGGGCCUCGGGGCCCAGCACGCCCCAGGGCCUCCCCCGGUGAAGGCAUCGGCCCCCUGGGACGGCCCAGCAACCCACCUGCCUGACCUGCGUCGGGGGUGGCCGGUGUUUGUGUAAUAAAGUGUCACCUUUUCACAGAGCCCAGGCUGGGGCAGCUCCUCUCCCCGCAGCGACUGCCCUGGGAGCAGGGCCCCGGGGCCGGCGCGGGCCUUGGUGGGCACAGCCCGGGGUGGAAGCUGCACCGGGACAGAAGCCAGCAACUGAGCUGCGGCUCUGCCUGAUCCCGGGCUCACGGCUGGGCGGCCCUCCCACCUCGACACGCUCGUCCCUAACACCAGCAUGGUGUCCACCAAACAGGCGAGCCGGGCAGAACCUGCCUCGGAUGGAGAGGCCCGCGGCAGCCCAGAGGAUGGGCCGCAAGCCUCCGCAAGGUGGAGAGCGUCACGGCGGGCGAGCCCCGCCUGCCCUCGGCCCCCCGGGCCGCCUGACCCCCACCGGCAGCCUCUGGGGAGCCCUCUGGCCAGAACACCGGGCUCGCUCAGGGCCCUCCCCUCAGCCUGAAGAGCCCACCUUAGCCACCACCCACUGCCCGGCCGUCACGGGGACCUGCCCUUGUCCCAGUUCCCCCAUAAACUCAGGGCCCCCAGCUCGCUGCGCGCUCUGGAACCGUCCGCCAACCCCCAGAAUCCUGACCCUCUUCACGGGGAGCCUUCCCUCCCCCUCUGGCCCCUCGGCUCCGCGGGAGCGUCUCCGCGUCCCCGUCCCCCAGCUCCCUCGACGCCCCGGCCGUCAGACCACACCGCGUCCGCCACAGACUCCACCGCCUGUCUUCUCGUCCGGCGGCCCCGGCACGUCACCAACCACACAAGACAGCCCCCUCCCUCUCCCUUGUAAUGAUCUUGGCCUGUGCCCCCGGCAGCCCGCAGCCCCCUCCUUCCGCUACGCUCAGGCUCGCACAGGCACCGAGACCGGGUCGGUGGCCUUGUGAACC